CUUUAUCAUACUGUCUCUUGGAACCUAGACGGCACAUCAGCCAAGGGAGAGCAGAAAGCAUAAACUGAGGUGACAACCUUGACAAUGACAUAUAACAAAUUCUUCAGUGUUGUCCUCUUUUUUUUCUGUGCCCUGUCUGAGGCACUAGCAGAGAGCGCUGCGCCUUGCUAUAGGAUUGAGCCGGGGACAAUGGCAGGCAUCAUCUGUGCCGAUGUGUUGCUGACUGUUAUCAUUGUCAUUGUCACCUACCGAUGUGCCAGCCUGCGGCGUCAGAGGAUAGAAAAUGCUAACAAGGUGUAUAUGAAUGUCCGGGCCAACUGCAAAACCUGAUCCAAAAGUGAUGCAGUACAUCAGAAAAUAAUGUGCGAUGUUUUAACAAUGUUUUUCUCAUUUUUUAUAUCAUCAUCAAUAAUAGAAUUGAGACAGUAUAUUGUAGUUUUUAUUUACAUUAACCAACACAAGACCAAAAAAAUACAUUCAACACCCAACCCUCCCUAUUUCAGACAUAACAUCAUAAGGUCAGAAGAUAAUACAUAUACUUUUUUUUUUUACAAACACACUAUGCAUAUAAGGACCUGUACAUAUAUUCCACAUAUUACAUUCGAACAAAAACUUCUGCUCUUUUUUGUGUUUAUCACUGUAAUUCUUAUGAUGUCUCAUUCUUUGUGUUUUUCCUGUGGAAGCUCUCUUAGGUUAUCAUUUUUCAUAAAGUCUUUAAAUUAUUUCCAUAUUACUUCCAACUUAUUUUUCAGGAUGUAUGUUAUUCUCUCCAUCAGCAUACAGUUGACCAUAUUUUUAAUCCAUGCACCUAUAUUAGGUGCAACCGUUUUCUUCCAGUUGAUAGCAUUAUUUAUCUUGCCUAAAGAAUUAAGACGACUAUGAAUUUGUAUUCUUUGUUUCUUAAUUUGAGAUUUAAUGGCUGUAAAUGCAACAAUAUCAUUUCAGAUUCUAAAGGAAUAUUUAUAGAAGAAAUUAUCUUUAUCUCUGCCCUCCAAACUGUUUGGAUUUCAACACAUUCCCAAAUUUAAUGAAUAAACAUUCCUUGAACAUAUUUGCAUUUGAAACACAUAUCGGGUAUAUGACUGUUAUAUUUAUGUAAUUUAACAGGAGUUAUAUAAGUCUGUAUUAGCCAAUUAUACUGGAGAAGUCUUAAAACAGUCUUGGCAGUUUUUGUUCAAGCCUUUUCCAUUUAUUGUUGCACUCUUCACUUUGAAGUCUAACUUCCAUAUCUCAAGUUUGGGUACUGAAGUUUCAUCCUCCUAACCAGACAAAAGUCAUCUGAUUAUUACUGAGAUCACACCAUUGCUAUUGAAAUUGUUGAUCAUAAGUGCCUCUAAGGCUGAAAGAGCUGGAAUAGUUUUGCAUUGGAUAUAUAUGAAACGUCUUAGUUUGACUUAGGAGUAUUUAAAGAAGUGUUUCCUUGGAGAUGUUAGAGAGAUGCCAUCUAAACAUCUGUUUUUAAAGGGCCAGUCCUCGGUCUUUUUCUUGCCCAUAUUUGAAAUCCACCAUCUUGCCUGCCUGCGUGAAUGAACCCUAUAAUAAUGCGUGAUUUCAAGCUUACAGUUUUUUUUUAAGUAUAUAACAAAAUAUGAUAAAGAUUAUGUAUUUUAUUAUUUCACAAUAAACACAAUAAUACUGUCUUCAGCAGGGCAUAUCUCUUCUUAUUUUCUACAGUUACAAUACAUUUUAGAUUUAAAAAAUCUAAUGUUUUUAUCUAAUUAAAAAGUUACAAUUACUAUUACAAGAAUGCACUUUUUUGUUUGUUUGUUUGUUUGUUUGUUUUUCUCCCCCACAAUGUUUACUUGAGUUCCCGAGCUUUCUGCAUGGAGAUAAUUAAAAAGCCUCUUUAGUAGUUGGUGUUUUCUUCAAAAUGCAAUGAUGGGCCGGGAGGCAUUUAGGUAUGUUACCAGCAUCAAAAGAUGAAUUGGAGUAAUUAAAAAAUAUUCAUAAAGAUAGUUGGAGUUUAUAAAGAUUAAUGUCAAUGAAGAAAGAUAUUUUUAAUUCCACAGAAAAUUAGUAAAACAGAGUUUUCUUUCAAGAUGUGUUUGAUAAUGUUUUAAAAUUUAAAGAUGCCUAUUUUCUGCAUUUGAAAUGUAUUUGUUUCAGUAGUUGUUACGCUUAUCAUGUUUAUCCUGGUGUACAAAGGUUUCAUGUAAGCCGAGUGAGUCACACGGAGAAGCAGAUCAGAUUAGUGGCAGACUGUAGAAGACUGUCUAUGAGUUGAUACUGUGGUUAAACACCUUUCUGUCGUUUCAAUGUAAACACAAUAAA